GUAAGAACCAAAGGGUGGUGGAGUGCGCAUGCGUGCCCCCCUCUGCUCCAUAUCGGCCUUCUUCUCUUUUGGCCCCGCCCCUCCCCCCGCCCACGUCUCCCUAGCUCCGCCUCUCCCUCGCGCUACCGCAGUUCCAGCUUGGUUGCUCCGGUUCCUAGUGGACCAUGGUCUCUGUGGAGACUCCACGCCUGUUUCACGUUUGCUGCUCACAGUCCCAGGGGUUGGGAAUGAUGGAAGUUCUUUUCCGCCCCGAACUCUUUCCAGACCCAGCCACUGUGGGAUUCACUCUACAAUCUACAACUUCCAGAAUCUGGAUUAUGUUCCAUGGCAGCGGUCCAAACAGAAAUCCAAGUCACCUACUCUGCCUCCCAUCCUACAAACCAGAGGCCACCAGAAGAGCAAAAUGAAGACUUUGACUAGCGUCCUGCCAGGGUUACAUUCCAAGCCCACCACGUCUAUGACAAGUCAGCUGAGGAAUCCACAAGAAAAGUACAGUGGGAGGUUGGACUCCGGGAAGACACAGAAGAAAAUCCGGCUAUUGAGGGCGUUGCUCAGGAACAGGCGAACCACGCUGCAGGAGCUCUCCAGCCAUGAGGUCUUUCUCACCAAGCUCAACCUGGAGCUGAUCAAGGACAUCCAGGACAUGGAAGACAGCUCGGCCCUGAAAGUGCGCACGAUGCUGCAGGAGCAGGACAUCCUCCAGACUGUCGUGGACAUCUUGGAGUACUCGAACAAGAAGAAGCUGCAGAAACUCAAGUGUGAACUUAAGGAGUGGGAGGAGAAGGAGGAGUCCAAGAUGAAGUCCCUGGCGCGGCAGGUGGAGCAGCUGAAUGCCAAGAUUGAGAAGACCUACAAGGAAGUGAGCUUCCUGAGCACGUACAUGGACCAUGAGUAUCCUGUCAAGUUGGUCCAGAUCGCCAGCCUUGUGCGUCAGCUGCAGCAGAUAAAGGACAACCAGCAGGAUGAGCUGGAUGACCUUGGUGAGAUGCGCAGAAUGGUCCUGCAGUCUUUGUCUAGUCAGAUUCAGAAGAAGAAGAAAAAGCUUCUGCAAGCUCUGGUGGUGAAAAGCCAGCAGCCCCAUCAGGAAGCUCUUCUGCAGAAGACCCGGGACAACCAGGACCUGCUGAAGUACAUGGACAAGUUCCGAGAAGUGCACCCCAGACAUGGACGUCAUCCUCAACAUCCCCGUGGAAGAGCUGCUGCCCUUCUAGAUGCCGGGGCCAGGGGCCAGCCUUCCCUCCCUGCUCUUUUUCCUAUACCUGGAGCCUUGACUUAUCGUCUUCCUUGAGCGCAUGCCCACGUCCAGAGCCUGGUCUCCUCUUCCUCCCUUCCCCGCCUCCCUUUCUCUCUCUUUUCCUUCCUUCCUUUCCUUCCUUCCUUCCUUUCUUCCUUCCUCCCUCCCCGGCUCCUUUUUUUCCUCCACUUUUCCUCUUUUCUUUCUGGUUGGCGCUGGUGGUUGGGCCAGGUGGAUACUCCCAGUCAAGUCUGCCAUUCCUUUUUACCAAUAAAGCCGGCCUUGCAUUUGCUCUUUUGCUUGGAGAUUUCCAGCUAGGCCUUGAGUAGAUGUGGUAGGAAUGGACUAUGGUCUUAAGAUAAGGGGUGGUUAGGGUGCCUGAGUGGCUCAGUCGCUUAAGCGUCUACCGUCAGCUUGGGUCACGUUCCCAGGGUCCUGGGAUUGAGUCUCUGCAUCGGGCUUUCUGCUUGGUGAUAAGCCUGCUUCUCCAUCUGCCUCUC